CACACACGCUGGUCAGAGAGGAUUGCCACAUUGAUGUCUGGUGUUUACGAAAGGAGGGAUCUUUCAGCUGAUCUCCGCGUCACCUUUUUAUUGACUCUUACCUGAUCAGGAAGAUCCGACACAAAACAGCACUGUUGCAACGCAUCUGCCACUAUGUCUGUGAGUGAGACUGAAGCAAACCUUUCUGAAAAGAAUUAUCCAGAAGCUUUGGCUUUGGAGCUGACUUGCCCCAUCUGCUUGGAGCUCUUCUCUGAGCCAGUUUCUCUUCCCUGUGGUCAUAUCUACUGCCUUGCCUGCCUUCAGACCAUGGGAGAAGGCAUUGACCAAUACAGCUGCCCUGAGUGCCAGACAGAGUACCAUGGUACCAAAACCCUUGUGAAAAACUUCAAAAUGUGCAGCAUCAUAGAGACCUACAAAGCCACUGCUGGGAAAGUCAGCCCCACUGCAAACCCUGACCAUGCACCAGUCAAAAGGUCUGGGACAGAAGAAUCCACAGAACAGCCCUUUACUUUGGAUCAAGAACAAGGCAAAGUCAAAAUGGAAAUGGAUGAACCUAAAUUUAGACUGGCGUCUCAAGUCACAGAGUUGAGCCUCAAGUUGGAGAUGGCAGAAGGUGUGCUGAGGAAAGAGAAGGAACGGGAGUUAGAGGUGACCACUACUAAUGGUCUGCUGAGAGAGAAAGCAUCCAUGCUUUUAGAAGAGCUAACAGAUUUGUCACGGAUCUACAGUGCACAGGUGAUGCAGCUGAUUGAAGAAGAGCUAGGUCCAGGUGAGGCCAGUUUGGGCGGUCGAGUCAGUCAAGCUUCGGAUCGGACUAAGCAGCUGAGACAAGCUUUGCUCAGAGCAGAGUCCCUUCUGACUGAAGAGGAUGAGGCUGAAUUUAGUGAAGAGCUUCAAACUCUACAACCACACAUCGAUGAGUUAAUGGCCAAACCUGUGGAAGAAGAGGAAGACGCCACUGAAUUAAAAGUCAACCCAACGAGAGCCUGUUCUGAGCUGGAAAACAUGAACGCCAAGCUGAGGGACAGAUUUGGAGACAUUCAACGCUCCCUUAGAAACACUCUAAACCCUUCAGAGGUGACCUUUGACCCAGACUCAGCCCAUCCCAACCUCAUCCUCUCACAGGACUUGAAGACAGUGACUUUCAGCGCUGCCAAACAGCCUUUCCCACCCUCUCCACAGAGGUUCACCAGCUUCUUCCAGGUCCUCAGCACCCAGAGCUUCUAUGAGGGCGAACAUUGCUGGGAGGUGGACCUCGAAGGCUCUCCAUGGAUAAUUGGUGUGUGCUACAGUGGGAAGCUGGCACGCAGCGGGUUGCCCUCUGCUCUGGAAAGCAGCCGGAGCUCCUGGUGUCUGAUGUGGUUCAACAACCUGCUGACAGCCUUUGAGCAGAGCCACAGUGUGCCACUGAAGAGGACCACAGUGUCACGAAGGCUAGAGAUCAGACUGAGUUUCAAGACCCACAGGCUCAGCUUCUACAACAUCAGCCCCAUCAGUGGGAAGACUCAUGUGUACACAUUUAAGGCUAACCUGACUGAACCAGUGCACCUGGCCUACAGGAUGAUGUCAGGCAAUCCCAAAGCACGUGUCACUAUUUUUUCAUAAUCAUAACUACAUUUCUAUUUGCUAUAUAUUCUUCAGCAAAGUAAUAAUAUUUUUACAGACCUGAGAUUUGAAUUAUUUAAGAAUUGAAGGUCUUUUUGUCGUGUUAUGAUAGAAAACACAGACUGAUUUAGUCAUUCCUCAAGCAAAUAGUUUGAAAGGGUUCAGGAUUCCUGAUCACCUUGGAUGUUUUGUGUAAUACACCGACCAGUCAUUUCAUUAGGUACAAUCCAGUGUGAUCCAACACAACAGCUCUGCCAUGAAUUCUAUUGUUACUUACAAUUUUUCAGUUUUUGUUGACACUGUCAGAGAGGUAAUAAUUCUACUCUCUAUUAUUGAGGUCUAAGUGGGUGCUGUUGUUGUGCAGAAGUGCAUUAUACUGAAAAUAUUAUGGCCCUCUAUGUAAAUGCAAAAUAUUAGAACCAUCUCUCAAUAUAAUGCUGUCCAGUGGAACAUUACUGCAAACUACAACCUAGUUAACAUAAUAGUUAAACAAAUACCUCUCUGAGGGUGUCAGCAAAAACUGAAACAUAAUUGGCUUAAUAAAAGUAAAAUUUAUGGCAGAGUUGUUGUAUUGGAUCACCCUGGUCGGUGGAACUGCUGCUCACAGACCUGAAACAUGCCUGACUCCUCAUGGGAAGUGUUCAAAAUGAUGUCAGUAAAUGUAUAGUAUAAACAUUAAAAAGGCAUAAAGUUGG